GCAGGCGCGAUAACUGCAGCCUGGUUUCAGCACCACGAGACACCGAACAGCUCCGCGCGCGCCUGCUACACACACUUUACGCAUACACACAAUCACACACACAAUCACACACACACACACACACGCGCGGUGAGAUGUCUGUGUUUCUGUCGGUCAUGAGGACGCUCGCGCUGCUCUUUCUGCUGCACAUCGUGGCCUCAACAGCGUUUCCCACCACACCUGCAGGAAAGACAGAGUCCAGCAGGCAACUGACAGAGGAGAGGCCGCUUGAACAGCAGAUUGCAGAGGCUGACAGCAUCAGCAAGACAGAACCCAAACCCACGCAGCUGUCUGAGGAGGAGUCAGACUCGAUUAAUGAUGACAUCACCCUGUUGAAGUCUCUGGCUGAAAAAUCAAAGCAGUCGAACAACGAAACGCCGAAAUCAGACUCAAGCGAGCGUGUUGUGCCUGACGAAGGCGAUUCCACCAAGAACAGAAGAGUAGCGGACGACUACGACUCCACCAAGAAUGGCAUGGACUACAAAUACCAAGACGAUCCAGAGAGCUUUCGUCAGCUGGACGGAACCCCGCUGACAGCCGAGGACAUCGUCCAGAAAAUUGCCAACAAGAUCUACGAAGAGGACGACAGAGGAGUGUUCGACAGAAUCGUCUCCAAACUGCUGAAACUGGGACUGAUAACUGAGAGUCAAGCAGACACACUGGAGUAUGAAGUUGCUGAAGCCCUGCAGGAACUGAUCACCAAAAACGCCAAGGAAAACGAAAUCGAGGAUCUGGGCACCAGGACCGCUGACACAGAGGAGACCCCAGAAGACAAUGAGGACGAGGAGGAGAGGCCCAAUCAGCAGUUUGAUGAGGAUGAGGAAGCUGGUGAUGAUGUAGCCGCUGAUGAAGAGCAGGAUGAAGAAAGCAGAGAUGUUGAUGAUGCAGCGGUGGAGUCGUGGGAUGGAGCGAGUGAAGGAAACGACAGAAACGAGCUGAGUCCAGAAGACGGCCUGCAGGACCUGCAGUACUUCCCCAACUUCUACAGACUGCUGAAGAGCCUGGACUCAGAGCAAGAUGCUGAGGAGAGAGAGACUCUGAUCACCAUCAUGAAAACACUCAUUGACUUUGUCAAGAUGAUGGUCAAAUACGGCACCAUCACACCUGAGGAGGGCGUGUCCUACCUGGAAAACCUGGAUGCCAUGAUCGCCAUGCAGACCAAGAACAAGCUGGGAAAAGCCCUGGGCCCCAUCCAGAUCACGCCCCCUAUAGGAAAAGCAGCAGAUGAGGAUGACAACACAAAAGAGGAGGCUGCCAAGAUGCAGAGGGAAUAUGAGUCCCUGAAAGACUCAACCAAGGACGAGCAGACAGCUGCUGAGAACAGCCAUGCUGGAAAGUCAGAGACGUAUCUGGAGGCAAUCAGGAAGAACAUUGAGUGGCUCAAAACACACAACAAGGAGGGCAACAAAGAGGAUUAUGACCUUUCCAAGCUGAGAGACUUCAUGGACCAGCAGGUGGACGCCUACAUCAGUAAGGGAAUUCUGGAGAAGGAUGAAGGGGAGGUCAUCAAGAGGAUCUAUGGAAGCCUGUAGACUAACUAUGAUAGUAAUCCAUUUAUAUUAGUACUUCAGUCUGAGUAUGUACUCAGAAACACAGUAAUGUAUUAAUUAACUCCCACAGUAAGAUAUAGUACCCCGAAUGGACUAAAUGCUGCAAUAAGCGAGGGUAUUACUGAAGAUAUAUGUUGCAAAAGGCAAUACACACUGUCAGAUAUAAAAGAAAGUCUAUUAGCAAUAGAUUAUUAGGCCUGCUAUUAGGAGAUACGCGUAAGAUACAAUAAUCUAAAAUGUAAAAUAUUCAUAUCGGAAUCCUCUAAUACAUGAAGAGAGUUUUAGUACCUACAGGUUUUAAAUGCAGUGAAUUAGACCAGACUUUAGGUUUGCAGAUUGACUUUAGAGGACACACUGUAGAUUUUGCAUUGUUUUCCAAUUUUGCAUCCACAUUGUGUGUGUGUAUUUGUGUGUAUGGCAGCAUAAUCACUGUAUGUACUCUGUCCUUGCAUUUUAUCUUGAUUUAUAUGAUUUCAGUAAAUGCUACAAAUUAAAGCUGGUAUUAUGAGAUUUUCAGGCAAUCAGAAACAGUGAAUCUUCUUACUUUUUGUCCUGUCAGUGAGCUGUUGCUGUGUUUUUUUUCUGGCCCAUAGGAGGCACCAUCUCUGUCUUUCUUUCAUGUUUUGGUUCUGUCCCUUCGUUUGCAGAUUAUCUAACCUGUGCUCAGUCAUAGUCAAACUCAAUCAAGUAUUUUUAAAUGUAAAUAUUGCGACUUUUCCAAAAAGCGAUUAAACAUUGCCUUUCUUUAACUGUG